AUGAAUGGUCUACUUUUGUAUCUCAUCGUUUUUCAGACAUCGAAAUCUUUUCGAUCAUAUUCUAUCAUUCUAGCAAGUGUCACCCUGUCCGAGUUUUUUCUUGGACUCACAGCCGCCCUAGCAAUGACGAGACUUAUCCCAAUUGAAAACGGCAUCGUUCUUCAAUUUCAUGGUUUGUGUCGAAAAUUCACUCCUCAAUUCUGCAAUGACGUUCACACCAUCACACUGCAUUGUAUUUCUUAUGGGUAUUCCCUUAUGCCACUCUCUUUUUGGUACCGUCACUACGUCCUCUCAAACAAAGCUCCAAGUCCAAAAUUGAUCACUUUUCUUUGUUUUCUCAUUUAUCUACCAGCUUUCAUCACAAUGGUCAGUGAUUGGAGUAGCUGCUUG